AUGAUCAAAUCCAUAGAGACAAUGAUGCUAAUGUGUAACAGCAUCGAUCCACAGUUGCACGCCAAAACCGGAUCCCCACGGCGAUUGUACACGCCGACCCGACCGACAAUGGCCACAGGCCCAGAGUACCCAGAACCACCAUCCCACAACUCCCUCAAUCCUUAUCAGAUCCGAGAUAUGCACGAGGCGCCGCACCCGUCAUUCGGGCCGAAUCCCGACGUCCAACGCGAUCCGAACGACCCACCCGGUGACGCCAAGCGUCCACGAGCCUGCGAGCCCUGCCGACAGCUCAAAGUCCGCUGUGACCCGGACCCGGCACACCCAGAAGGCUCAUGCAAGCGGUGCGCCAAGGCGCGACGGACGUGUGUAGUGACUGCGCCGACGCGCAAGCGGGCAAAGAAAACCGACACGCGGGUCGCGGAGUUGGAGCGGAAGAUAGAUGCGUUGACAGCGUCGUUGCAGGUGUCGAAUUCCCCUGCUCUGUUUAGUGGAGUGUCUGGACAGCCGCCCUCGCCGAAGCAUGAUGAGCAGACUGGGCGGAGGUGGAUGGGCGGGGAGCAGAAGAUCGCUGGUAAUAAACGACGACGCUCUGACGAACAGGAUUCGUCUGGUUUGCUAGCGCCGCGGUAUUCGCGACCGGGUAGUCCGUCUGCGGAACAGAUUCCCCAGGCGUCGAAGUUGCGUAAAGCUGGUGUCGGUGCCUCUGCGCCGGCCGUCAACCGCGAGGCUGGCAAUGAGUUUGCUGAUAUGAUAGACCGGGGAAUUAUAGAUCUCAAGACUGCGAGCGCAGCGUUUGACCGGUAUGUGCAGAAAAUGGCACCGGAAUUACCUUUUGUUGUGUUUCCGCCGGGAACGACGAUGGGCGAGGUACGGCGCAAUAAACCGUACUUAUUUCUUGCGAUUGUCGCUGCUGCUGUUGGCGCUUUCAAUUCCGAUGCACAGCCUAUCCUUGUGAAUGAAACAUACCGUCAGAUUGCCGAGCAGGCUGUUAUCAAAGGGCAUAAGUCCCUUGAGCUGGUUCAGACUAUAUUGGUUUGUUCAAUCUGGUAUUUGCCGCCCGAUAAUUUCGAAGAGCUCAAGUACUAUUCUUUGACGCACAUGGCUGUCAUCAUGGCAAUGGAUCUUGGGUUGAAUCGUCGUGUAUCGGAGGACAGACGGACUUUGAAUAUGCUCCGUGAACUUAUUUCUAAAAAGCCGCUUGACCCGGCGUUUGAUCCGGAUGGACCGGAGGCGAGGCGGACUUGGGUGGGAUGUUAUUAUCUAUCUGUACAGACGGUGGCGGCUUUGAGGAGAAUACAUCUGGUCACAUGGCAGCCAUACAUGGACGAAAGCCUCGAGAUUUUGGAGAUUCACGCAGAUGCUCUCCCUUCGGACCGUACAUUGAAAUGGUGGGCAAAGCUGGCACGCAUAAUGGAGGACGCCGGCCGGCAGCUAUAUACAGAUGUUGCUGGGUCUGUAGCCACCUUCGCCGAGAGUAAAAUGUGGUAUAGCAUCAAAGCCCUGGAGGGUAAACUGGCACAGUGGAAAGAAGAAGUGCCCCGAGACGUUUAUACUGAGCCUCUGAUUCAGACAGAACAUGUCCUGAAUCUCUUUGUGCAUGAAUCAGCAAUGAGUGUGGAUUACAACACCGUCAACCACUCUUCCCCACAGGACAGCCUACACAGCUCAUCAAUCGUUGCAAUCAUGGAUGCCUUGAACACAACCAUCCGCAGCAUCCACCAGAGUAUCGACAUAAUCUGCACGGUUGAUAUCGACCGACUCAUCUCACUGCCUACGACGUCAAUAGCUCGUACCUCAUACCCGGUGAUCAGUCUGAUCAAGAUCUAUUCACUGUUCAUGUCACCAGACAGUCAAAUCGGCCAUAUCCUCGACGUGCAAAGUCUCCAACUCGACCACUACCUGGACAAAGUCAUAGCGCACUAUCGCACCGCCGCCGCGCGUGAUGGCGGCCGCGCAGCAGCAAAGUUCGGCAAUAUCCUCGUCCUGUUACGCAACUGGUUCAUCAAAAAGCGAGACCAGGGAGACCAAGGCAAGGAACUAAAAGACGUGUUUGCAAACGAGCAGAAACCCUCUGGCCGUGCCCCUGCAAAGCAAGAUACCAACACGGGGUUCGGGUCUACGCCGACGCAAAUGGCACCGGGCAUGACACCACUCCAUUUCCUCAGCGAAGUAGCAAUGGGCGAUCCAGCCCACCGCACCGCUACCAACACCAACUCCCAACGCUCAAUACCAUCAUACCCCACAAAUCCAAACCCAAGCCCAAGCUCAACAAACCAAAUAACACCCAACUCAUCAUUCGCAGACCCAUCCCAAAGCUGGUCAUCAAGCCUACCCUGCCCAACACCACUCCAAUCUGACUCCCAGAUAGAUUCGAGGGCUUACUACCAGCCCUAUCCAUCUGACGCUUCACAGACAUACCCGGAUCUACCAUAUGGGACACAGAGUGGGUAUUUGGAUAUGUCAGGUGGGAUGCAGCUUGCACCGCCGAUGGGAAUGGCGGAGUUGAGCACGGAUCUGAAUGAGGAUUCGUGGUUCACGUUGGGGAAUCUGAUGGAUGAGGGAUUGGUUACGUUUCCGCUUUCUUUUGAUGGGAAUUUUGGGUUGUUGUAG